AUGGUCCUUCUACACCCUCCAUGUGAGUCAAAAUAUUUGAACGCCGAUGAAAUACAGACACAGUCACGACUGUUUGCCCAAGUCCACCACCAAGACCACUUGACAACCCGCUCAUUGAUCAUCUCCAAUAUAUCAGUGUGUGGGGUGGUACAUGGCACUAGUCUCCGUUUGCGACACCACUUUGCAUGUACGGACGCAUCUGAAUUUGGAGACAUGGAAAUAAACAAAGUUGGUUAA